GGUCACUUCGGCAAGGUGAGCCUCUAUUGCUACGACCCCACCAACGACGGGACGGGGGAAAUGGUGGCCGUCAAAUCGCUGAAAUCCGGCUGCAGCCAGCAGCUGCUGACCAGUUGGAAGCGGGAAAUCGAGAUCCUCAAGACGCUUUAUCACGAAAACAUCGUCAAAUACAAGGGGUGCUGCAGCGAGCAGGGAGAGAAGAUCGUGCAGCUGAUCAUGGAGUACGUGCCCCUCGGCAGCCUGCGCGACUACUUGCCCAAGCACAACGUCAGCCUGGCCCACAUCCUGCUCUUCGCCCAGCAGAUCUGCGAG